AUGGAAGGAAGAGAAUUGGCAACAAUGUCAGAAGAUGAUUUUCACUGUCGAAAACCGGAAAUAGUUGAAGAACCGAGAGAUGUUGAAGUUAGUUUUGGAGGUUCUGCAUCGUUUCAUUGCAAAGUCGAUGGUGAUCCCGCACCGGAAGUAAUAUGGCUUCGAAAUAGCAAUGAAAUAAACGCAAACGACGGUAGGCAUUCGAUACUUAAAGAUGGAACGUUAAUGAUUGAAAGUACUCUGGACGAAGAUUUAGGAACGUACGAAUGCGUUGCAAAAAGUCCAUUAGGACAAAUAAAAUCGAAACAAGUCAGAAUGGAUAAAGUUAGAACGACGAGAGAAGGAAAACCGCAUUUCGAAAGGACGCCUCUCGAUUGGUCAGCAAACAUUGGUGAUACAGUGCAAUUGGUUUGUUCGGCAAAUGGAGAUCCUCGACCUCACAUUUCCUGGUAUUUUGGAGAAUCUCAUUUAUCCAAUUCGCACAAGUACAGAAUCGAAGAUAAUGGAGUUUUAAUCAUUUUCAACGCGCAACCUCAAGAUGCUGGAAUAUAUCGGUGCACGGCAGCAAAUUCUUUAGGUGUUAUUUCAUCUGUGUCACGUCUUCGAGUCAACGUGGCUCCGACAUUUUCAACGCAUCCGGAAAAUUUGACGCUUAAAUCUGGUGAAAUGGCGGAAUUAGUUUGUGCUGCUGAUGGUGAACCCGUGCCAUCGAUAUCUUGGUACAAAGGUGGAAGAUUGUUGGCUACAGGAGGACGAACUUAUGUUUUGGGUCAAAAAUUAAGGAUCGAACACGUUAAAGAAUCCGAUUCUGGACUUUAUGUUUGCAGAGCGGAUAAUCGUGCGGGUCAAGCAGAAACGACAGCAAGAAUUUUAGUUAAAGAUUAUCGCGAACGGCUACCACCAAAAUUUAUUCACACCCCGUAUAAUUUAGACGUACCUGCAGGUUCGACUAUUGAAAUACCGUGUAAAGCCGAUGGAGAACCUGCACCCGUUAUGGUUUGGAGAAAAGAUGGAAAUGUCAUAUCGGAAAGCAAAGGUCAUUAUAGAUUAUCAUCACACGGUAGUUUGUACAUUCAUAGUGUGUCUUUUCAAGAUGCCGGAACGUACGAAUGUUCUGCCGUUAAUGAUUUUGGAAAAGUUGUUGCCAAUGGAGUGCUUAAAGUCAAAGGAAAACCUCAACCGGCCAGUCCGGGAGAUAAAUUCGUUCAGAAAGCAUUCGAAGAAGCUUCAAGAGAUAUCGAUCAUGCUGUUGACAACACUUUGAAAACAUUCGUUCAUCGUCCACGUAACGGUCCUCCUCUUUCAGCCGGCGAAUUAAUGAGAUUGGUUAGAUUUCCAAACGCUGCAGCACGACAGGUUGCCAGAGCAGCAGAAGUUUAUGAGCGUACGCUUUAUUUGAUAAGAAAACAUGUUGAAUCUGGAAUGAAAGUCAAACCUGAAAAAGAUUUUAGCUAUAAGGACAUUCUAUCACCGGAAAAAUUGACAAUAAUAGCAAAUCUUUCCGGAUGCAUGAUUCAUAGGCCUGCGAUAAAUUGUUCAGACAUGUGCUUUCACAAUAAGUACAGAACCAUCGAUGGUACUUGCAACAACAUGAAACAUCCGAUGUGGGGAGCAUCACUUACAGGUUUCGAUCGUAUUCUUAGUCCUGUUUACGAAGAUGGAUUUUCCAUGCCAGUCGGUUGGACAAAAUCAAUAAAAUAUCACGGAUUUUCAAAACCUAGCGCAAGGUUAAUUUCAACACGUUUAAUACGUACGGAUGAAAUAACUCCAGACGAUCACGUGACCCACAUGCUCAUGCAAUGGGGACAGUUUUUAGAUCACGAUUUAGAUCACGCGAUACCCUCAGUUUCAAGCGAAAGUUGGGGAGGUAUAAAUUGUAAAAAAUCGUGCGAUUAUGCAGCACCCUGUUAUCCUAUCGAAGUACCACCGAACGAUCCAAGGGUUACCAACAGAAGAUGCAUAGACGUUGUCCGAUCGAGUGCGAUUUGCGGUUCCGGUCAAACUUCCGUACUAUGGGCCGACGUUCAACCCCGAGAACAAAUCAAUCAAUUGACGGCGUUUAUUGAUGCUUCCCAGGUUUAUGGUUUUUCAACUGACGUCGCAAACAUUUUAAGAAAUUUCACAAACGAUUAUGGUCGUUUAAGAGAAGGUAUUUCUUAUCCGAACGGUAAACCGUUAUUGCCAUUUGCCGAAAAUCAUCCCAACGAUUGCAGACGUGAUCCUGGAGAAAGCGAAAUCGAAUGUUUCAUAGCAGGUGAUAUACGUUCGAACGAACAAAUCGGACUUUUGGCAAUGCAUACCAUUUGGUUUAGAGAACAUAAUCGUAUAGCAUCGGAACUACGUCAUUUGAACACUCAUUGGGAUGGAGAUACCAUUUAUUACGAAGCGAGAAAGAUUGUAGGAGCCGAAAUGCAACACAUAACUUACAAUCAUUGGUUACCCCUGGUUUUGGGAGAAAAAGGUAUGGAAAUGUUGGGUAAAUAUAAAAGUUACGAUCCAAACAUAAGUCCUGGAAUAUCAAACGUAUUUGCAACUGCUGCGUUAAGGUUCGGACAUUCACUUAUAAAUCCAGUUUUGGAAAGGUUGAAUAGUUCGUUUCAACCCAUUCCAGAAGGACAUUUACUUCUCCAAAAGGCAUUUUUUUCACCCUGGAGACUCGUCGACGAAGGCGGUGUGGAUCCUUUGAUGAGAGGACUUUUCACGGCACCGGCAAAAUUAAAAACUCCGACGCAAAAUUUAAAUUCAGAACUCACGGAACAUUUAUUUGAAUUUGCACAUGCCGUGGCAUUAGAUUUAGCAGCUAUUAACAUACAGAGAGGAAGAGAUCACGCAUUGCCGGAAUACAACGCAUUUAGAAAAUAUUGUAAUUUGACGGUCGCGGAAACUUUUGACGAUUUGAGAGGGGAAAUAUCGAGUCAAAGCGUUAGAAACGAACUUGAAGCUUUGUACGGUCAUCCAGGAAAUAUUGACGUUUGGGUCGGUGGAAUAUUAGAAGAUCAAAUUGAUGGUGCUAAAGUAGGACCAACGUUUAGAUGUUUGUUAGUCGAACAAUUUAAAAGAUUAAGAGAUGGCGACAGAUUUUGGUAUGAAAACAAUGGAGUUUUCAAACCUGAACAAUUAACCGAAAUAAAACAAUCGAGUUUGGCACGAGUUCUUUGCGACAAUGGAGACGACAUUCGAGACGUUACACGAAACGUGUUUGUUUUACCGAGAAAACAGGGAGGAUACCUGCCGUGUGCAAAAAUACCACAAAUCGAUUUAAGAUUUUGGACGGAAUGUUCUCACGAUUGUCAAGGUCCGAGAAUCUUCGAUGGUAUAUCAAAUUCAAUAUCGAGAACGAGAAGAUCUUCUUCAGGUUCGUCGAUGGUAAAAAAACGUCAAACAAAUUCACAAAUGAAUCAAUUAAACGAAUUAAAUCGAUUUUACAAUGAGGUUCAAAUGGAUGACGAAGUUAACGAAGAUAGAAUCGAAGGUAUGGAAACGGUUUUAGAAGAAUUUCAAAAAACUCUUAAACAAAUAAAAAGAAAAAUGAGAAAAUUAUCUUAUCAAUGUCAAAUGAAUUUAAAUAAGAAAAAUUCAACUCAGUCUCAUGGAUCCCAUCAUCACAAUCAAUGCAACGAUAACGGUCAUAAAAGAAUUAACGGUGAACAUUGGUCGAAAGAUGCAUGCACUCAAUGCGUUUGUCAGGAAAAACAAAUAACUUGCACGAAAAUUCUCUGCCCGAAAAUGAUUUGUUCGAAACCGGAAACGAAACCGGAUGAAUGUUGUCCAGUUUGUCCAAAGGAUGAUAAUAAAAAUCAGUGA